AAGGAUGGAGUAGUCCGAGCCGCGCAGAGGAGCUAGCAUCUCAGCUAGUGCUGACCCAUUGAUAGUCUCUUGGCGUCUCAAACUCCGGUUGGCGCUAAGUUUACAGGGACCUCAGGAUGGCUUAGGGGGCAACUUCUUCUAUCCAAGUCACCAUGUAUGGAAGCUGCCUUUUAGAAAAAGAAGCAGGCAUGUACCCAGGGACUCUCAGGAGCCCUGGAGGGAGCAGCACAGCCGGAGUGGGCACCUCUGGAGGCAGUGGUAGUCCUCUGCCUGCCUCCAACUUUACUGCAGCCCCAGUUUACCCACACUACAUGGGGUAUCCUCAUAUGUCCAACAUGGAUCCUCACGGGCCUUCGCUGGGAGCCUGGAGCUCACCCUACAGUCCGCCCCGGGAAGACUGGAGUACAUACCCUGGGCCGUCCAGUACAAUGGGCACAGUGCCCAUGAACGACAUAACCUCGAGCUCCCCAGCUUUCGGCUCCCCAGACUACAGCACUCUGGGCCCCACCGGGGGUGCAAGCAACGGCGGUAGCCUGCCAGACGCGGCCAGCGAGUCACUGGUUUCCAUCGACUCAGGCACCGCCGGCGCCACUUCUCCCAGCAGGAGCCGCCACAGCCCCUAUGCGUGGAUGCGCAAGACUGUGCAGGUGACCGGGAAAACCAGGACAAAAGAAAAGUAUCGUGUGGUCUACACAGAUCAUCAAAGGCUGGAGCUGGAAAAGGAAUUUCACUGCAAUAGAUACAUCACCAUCAGGAGGAAGUCAGAGCUGGCAGUUAACCUGGGCCUUUCUGAGAGACAGGUGAAAAUCUGGUUUCAGAAUCGCAGAGCCAAGGAGAGGAAGAUGAUCAAAAAGAAAAUCUCCCAGUUUGAGAACAGUGGAGGUUCCGUGCAAAGUGACUCUGGUUCCAUCAGCCCCGGAGAACUGCCUAAUGCUUUCUUCACUACUCCAUCUGCUGUCCGUGCAUUUCAGCCAAUUGAGAUACAGCAGGUCAUAGUUUCCGAAUGAAAACAGGAGCAGAGAAACCGAAGCAUCCUUCCUAUAACAUCGUCUCUUUGGCCUCUAAGAUAACAGCAGGGCAGAUGAGUUUGGAUAUAAUUCCUUAUAAGGCACACUUCCAAAUAAGUAGACACAGGAUGAGUUGGAGAUAUUUCAGAAGACUCUAUUACUCAGAAACCAUCCCCUGACAACUCUUAUUCCACGCUGUCAUA